UACGCCAGCUGCAUUAAAGAUGUACAGGCAUUGGUUCCAGGAACAGCACAAUAGAAGCUGUAAACUUCAACUUUCUUAAGGAACUGAAAAAGUUAUGUGCGUGCAGUUAAGAAAACUCACAACAGCAAGGAUUGCAAAAACAGUGGUCAUAGUCUUAUUGUUAAAAGAAUAACAGUAAUAAUAAGAAACUGCAGUGAAAUCGGCACACCAUGAAGAAAAGGAUAUUUCCAACUAAAACAUCUGACAUAAAGAAAAAACAAACAUCUGAGUACAACAAAACCGGAUAGUACUAACAAACAAUUGAAUUAAUUAUACUUUUGCAACAAUAUUAAAUACAAAUACCAACAAAAGAAAUAUUAAAACAACAUUUUAAAUAAAUUAUUUUUGAAAUAAAGAAAAAGAUAUCCUAGCGAAUAGAGCAGUGAAAAGACAACAUCAAAAAUUUUAGAGCAUAACAAGGACAUUUUUUAAAGUCCUCAUCACAGUAAGACCCCACUGAACUCGCAACAAAUACAAAAUGGCUGGCUCAUUUCAAAUUCCGGUUAUUAAUCUCGAAAUUCGCGAGGUUAAAGAUAUUGUCUGGGAGAAAAUACAGGAACCAGUCAAUCAACGACGAUUGAUAUUGGUUAUAGUUUCUAUAGCACUGCUAUUAGACAAUAUGUUAUAUAUGGUUAUUGUUCCGAUUAUACCAGAUUACUUACGCGAAAUUGGAGGGUUCGAAGAUGGAACACCAGCACCACUGCUACUCGAUAACCGUACCGGAAAAGUAAUACCAAUGCAUCACGAUCAUCAUGGGCAAGAUUCAGCAACGGGCAUACUAUUCGCUUCGAAAGCUAUUGUGCAGCUAAUGGUGAAUCCAUUCUCUGGUGGCUUGAUUGAUAAAAUUGGUUAUGAUAUACCAAUGAUGAUUGGAUUGAUAAUUAUGUUUUUCUCAACAGCAUUAUUUGCAUGUGGACGUAGUUAUGGAUUAUUAUUUUUUGCACGUUCACUCCAAGGUGCAGGUUCUGCUUUUGCUGAUACAUCUGGCUUAGCUAUGAUUGCUGAUCGAUUUACUGAAGAAAAUGAACGGUCACAGGCUUUGGGUAUUGCAUUAGCAUUUAUCAGUUUCGGUUGUUUGGUAGCUCCGCCAUUUGGUGGAGCACUAUAUCAAUUUGCUGGUAAGGAAGUGCCAUUUCUCAUAUUAGCAUUUGUAUGUUUAAUAGACGGCUUAAUGUUAUUGCUGGUUAUGAAGCCGGUAAAGGAGACACUUAAGCAAAGUAAAGAAGUUUCACAACAAACAAUUCCAAUUUGGCGCCUUCUAAUGGAUCCCUAUAUAGCUGUGUGUGCAGGCGCACUUACGAUGUCAAAUGUUGCACUUGCCUUUUUGGAACCCACCAUUUCGCUAUGGAUGGAAGAUAAUCUCACCACAGAAAAUUGGAAAAUAGGUAUGGUGUGGUUACCUGCAUUCUUUCCACAUGUCUUAGGCGUGGUAAUUACUGUUAAAAUGGCUAGAAAAUAUCCACAUCAUCAGUGGUUAAUGGCUGCUGUUGGCUUAGCAUUGGAAGGUCUGUCCUGCUUUAUCAUUCCCUUCUCAAGCUCCUAUAAGGUACUAAUGAUACCCAUUUGUAUCAUAUGCUUUGGCAUCGCACUUAUUGAUACUGCCCUGCUGCCCACACUAGGCUACCUUGUGGAUGUGCGUUACGUUUCAGUGUACGGAAGCAUUUAUGCUAUCGCCGAUAUUUCGUACUCAAUCGCAUAUGCUGUUGGACCAAUUAUAGCUGGUGGUGUAGUGGAAGCGAUUGGUUUUACAGCACUUAACUUUUUAAUUGCCUUCUCGAAUUUACUCUAUGUGCCGGUGUUGCGUAAACUACGCAAUAUAUAUGACUUUAAACCAUUUGAGAAUGAAGCAAAUAUACUUAUGCAAGAUCCACCAAAUAAGGAAUAUCAAACAUAUGUAAUGCACGAUCAACAACCUGUCGAUGGUAACUUUAAAAAUCAUCUUGAAUAUGGACAACAGUAUCAACAAGAACAAGAAACAAAUGUGGAUGAGGCCAACUACGAUUAUCAACCUCAGGGAGGCUAUCAGCAAGGUGGCGGCGGCUAUCAACAAGAUCAGCAAUACCAGCAACAAUAUCAACCUGGUUACCAGGAGCAAGGAGGUACUUAUCAGCAAGAAACACGACAUCUGCCUCAACAACGUGUUGCAAAUCCCUUCCAACAGCAACAGCAACAACAGCAGCAGCAACCAAUAGGUGGUAGCACAGCUGGGAGUAGAGGUCCUGCUGGUCCAGCAAAUCCCUUUAGACAAGGAUUUUAAAAUGUUGUCUUACACAAAGUUAGCGGUAAUUUACGUUUGUUUUUAUAUAUUCGAUCG